AUGGCAACCCGCGCGCAGCCAGGGCCGCUCCGCCGGGCGGGAAGCGCGGGUACCGUGACGCUGGCGACAGGCGGGGCUGCGAGCACGGAGGGGCGCGGGCGGCCGGGGUCGCUGCAGGACGAGACCCUGGGCGUGGCGUCCGUGCCGUCGCAGUGGAGGGGCGUCCGGGGCAUCCGCGGGGAGACGAAAAGUUGCCAGACAGCCAGCAUUGCCACCGUGGAAGCGUCGGCUCAGGCCCGGAAGCACACAGAUGCCCAGGUGCAGACGGAGGCCCCGGUGCCAGUUGGCGUGGUGCCUGUGUCCCGGCAUGACACCCCCCGGCUCGCAGCCUUUCUUCGGAGAGUGGAGGCCAUGGUCAUCCGAGAGCUGAACAAGAACUGGCAGAGCCAUGCGUUUGAUAGCUUCGAGGUGAACUGGACCGAGCAGCAGCAAACGGUGUCCUGUCUGCACACCCUGGGCUAUCCCCCAGCCCAAGGGCAGGGUCUGCAUGUGACCAGCAUUUCCUGGAACUCCACUGGCUCUGUGGUGGCCUGUGCCUAUGGCCGGUUGGACGAUGGGGACUGGAGCACACUCAAGUCCUUUGUAUGCACCUGGAACCUGGACAGGCGGGGCCUGAACCCUCGGCAGCCGUCGGUGGUGGUGGAGGUGCCCAGCGCUGUCAUGUGCCUGGCCUUCCACCCCACACAGCCGUCCCACAUCGCAGGAGGGCUGUACAGUGGUGAGGUGCUGGUGUGGGACAUGAGCCGUCCCGAGGACGCAUUGCUCUGGCGCACAGGCCUGACAGACGACACCCACACAGACCCUGUGUACCAGGUGGUUUGGCUGCCCGAGCCCCGACACAGUCACCGUUUCCAGGUGCUGAGUGUGGCCACAGAUGGGAAGGUGUUGCUCUGGCAAGGCGUCGGGACCGGCCAGCUGCAGCUCAUCGAGGGCUUUGCGCUGGUGGUACAGCAGCUGCCGCGGAGCGCCAAGCUGAAGAAGCCUCCCCGGGGUGAGACUGAGGUGGGCGUCACAGCAGUGGCUUUCUCCAGCUUUGACCCCAGCCUUUUCAUUCUGGGCACGGAAGGCGGCUUCCCGCUCAAGUGUUCCCUGGCAGCAGAAGAGGCGGCACUCACGCGGAUGCCUCACUCUGUGCCCUUGCGGGCCCCGGCACAGUUUACCUUCUCUCCCCAUGGUGGUCCUGUCUACUCUGUGAGCUGUUCCCCCUUCCACAGGAACCUCUUCCUGAGCGCAGGGACCGACGGCCACGUCCACCUCUACUCCAUGCUGCAGGCCCAGCCCCUGACCUCGCUGCAGCUGUCCCACAAGUACCUGUUUGCUGUGCGUUGGUCCCCAGUGCGCCCCUUGGUUUUUGCGGCUGCUUCUGGGGAAGGUGACGUGCAGCUGUUUGAUCUCCAGAAAAGCUCCCAGAAGCCCAUAGUUUCGAUCAAGCAAACCCAAGAUGAAAGCCCUGUUUAUUGCCUUGAAUUCAACAACCAACAGACUCAGCUCUUGGCUGCUGGUGAUGCCAAGGGUACAGUGAAGGUGUGGCAGUUGAGCACAGAGUUCACUGAACAGAGACCCCGAGAAACAGAGGUCCUGGACCAGCUGGCAGCAGAGGUGGCCACCUGAGGGCACCAAAAGAACAGCUGGAGCAGGGCAGGGCGUGUCCCCACUACAGAGGCGGUCGGUGUGUGCUGCCAAGUUGUGUAUUUCUGAUAUAAGCAGAAUGAAGAACAGCAAAGCUUUUA